AUGGCGACGACCUUCUUGCGGAACCUGUUUUCGCAGGCUUCGCCGCUGCUACGGCGGCCGCUGAUGCCGUCUUCCUCUUCUAUUGUGCCUCAACUUUCUGUCCGGUCGUUCUCCAGCACUCCGGCGCAGAAUGCUACUCUUAACCAGGUCUUGAGGGGCUGCCGCAAACCCCAACGCGCCCGCCACGCCGUCUCCCCGGCUCUCUCGUCCAUCAAGUCCCCCGCGCUCAAGGGUGUGUGCGUCAAGGUCGGCAUCACGCGUCCCAAGAAGCCCAACUCGGGCGAGCGCAAGACCGCCCGUGUCCGUCUUUCCACCGGCAAGGUCAUCACGGCCUACAUCCCCGGCGAGGGCCACAACAUCUCACAGCACAGUGUGGUGCUCGUCCGUGGCGGCAGAGCCCAGGAUUGUCCUGGUGUGAGGUAUCAUCUUGUUAGAGGCGCGCUGGAUUUGGCCGGUGUUCCUGCUCGUAUGACUUCUCGUAGUAAAUACGGCACCAAGAAGCCCAAGAAGGCCGCUGUUGGUUAA